CGCAGAGAAAUUGGGUUGCUGUGGUGUUUGUUUUGCGGGGCCGGCCCAGUAAGAGCCGGUACUAAACCGAUCACGGGGGGGAGUCCAUCCCUCCAGUGUCAUGAUGCUUCAUGAAAGGUUAUUCAGUGGCAAUCAUUUGCAGUCUUGUAGGAACCAUGAUGUAGAGGAUGAAUGAUUGUUAUUUCUAGAUAAUUCUGUAGGGACUGAUUCCUCAAACAAGGCCCGAUAUCUCUCCCCGACCCCGAAGUCUUCCGGGCAUUCAACGUGCCUUGGUUACACCAGUUGCUCAGUUCGGACAGCUUCCCCGCACUUGCGAUGGGCUACAGUGCGUCAUGCAGUUAACUUUUGUUGACAAAUCCGGCAUAAGUUUCCGAUGAUACUGUACAAGUCGUCCCUUGGUAGUUUGACGAGAUUCCGAGCGUGAUCCGGGGACACCGUCUCGCCUCUAAAAAGAGUCCACUCACAGUCGUUCCUUUUCCAAUCCACGUCCCUCGCGUUACGGUAUAAAUGCCAAACUCCACCCCCGCAUCUCCUCCAUGCCUCGGUUUCUCUUCCCUUCCUCUCGUAUUCUGUCCUUGUCUGUUGCGAGGAGGACUCUGAAUCUGAAUCUGAACCAACAAACCACCAGAUUAUCGCUUCAUACUUCAGCUCCAAAAAUGGCCGACGAGAGAAAGUGUCCCGUGGCCCACAAGGUCCCCAACGUCGCUGGUCACGGCGUUACCCAUCAGAAGUGGUGGCCCGAGGCUCUCAAGACCAACAUUCUUCGUCAGCAUAGCGCCGUCACCAAUCCCUACGGCGAGAACUUCAACUACGCCGAGGCUUUCAACUCUAUUGACUACAACGAGCUUAAGGAGGAUCUGCGAAAGGUCUGCCGCGAUUCGCAGGACUGGUGGCCUGCUGAUUUCGGCCACUAUGGUGGUCUCUUUGUCCGUAUGUCGUGGCACGCCGUUGGAACAUACCGUAUCUUCGAUGGCCGAGGUGGCGGCCGACAGGGUCAGCAAAGAUUCGCCCCCCUCAACUCUUGGCCCGAUAACGUUUCCCUCGACAAGGCCCGCCGUCUUCUGUGGCCCGUCAAGCAAAAGUACGGCAACAAGGUCUCAUGGGCCGACCUGAUCGUCAUGGCUGGCAACGUCGCCCUCGAGGAUAUGGGCUUCAAGACCAUUGGCUUCGCCGCUGGUCGUCCGGAUACUUGGGAGGCUGACGAGGCUACCUACUACGGUGGCGAGGAUACUUGGCUCGGAAACGACGUCCGUUACUCUGAUGGCCACCCCGGAACCACCAAGCCUGGCGCUACCGAUUCCGAUCAGGCUCCCCACAAGAACAUUCACACCCGCGAGCUUGAGAAGCCUCUGGCUGCUGCUCACCACGGUCUUAUUUAUGUUAACCCUGAGGGUCCUGAUGGCAACCCCGACCCCGUCGCCGCUGCCCGUGACAUCCGCGAGACCUUCGGUCGCAUGGCCAUGAACGACGAGGAGACCGUCGCCCUCAUCGCCGGUGGUCAUACCGUCGGAAAGACUCACGGCGCUGGCUCAACCGACCACGUCGGCCCCGAGCCCGAGGCCGCUGAUCUCGCCCAGCAGGGUCUCGGCUGGUCCAACAGCUACAAGACCGGCAAGGGUCCUCACACAACCACCUCCGGUCUCGAGGUUACCUGGACCAGCACUCCCGUCAAGUGGAGCCACGACUACCUCAAGUACCUCUUCCAGUUCGAAUGGGAGCUCACAAAGAGCCCUGCUGGCGCUCACCAGUGGGUUGCCAAGGAUGCCAACGCCACUGUUCCUGAUGCUUUCGACCCCAACAAGAAGCAGAAGCCUACCAUGUUGACCACCGAUUUGUCUCUGCGAUUCGACCCUGAGUACGAGAAGAUCUCUCGUCGCUUCCUCGAGAACCCAGAUCAGUUCAACGAGGCUUUCGCCAAGGCCUGGUUCAAGCUUACCCACCGUGACAUGGGUCCCCGCGACCGAUACCUCGGCCCUGAGGUCCCCAAGGAGGUCUUCCUCUGGCAAGACCCCGUUCCCGAGCGUGACUACAAGCUCGUCGACGAUGGCGAUAUUUCCGCCAUCAAGAACGAGAUCCUCAAGUCUGGUGUUGACGUCUCCAAGCUCGUCUCUACCGCUUGGGCCUCCGCCUCCACCUUCCGAGGCAGUGAUCUCCGCGGUGGUGCCAAUGGCGCCCGUAUCCGCCUUCAGCCGCAGAAGGACUGGGAGGUCAACAACCCCGCUCAAUUGAGCAAGGUCCUCAGCACUCUUGAGGGCAUCCAGAAGAAGUUCAACGACUCUCAGUCCAGCGGCAAGGCCAUCUCCCUUGCUGAUGUUAUUGUUCUUGCUGGUUCCGCCGCCGUUGAGAAGGCUGCUAAGGAUGCCGGUGUUAACAUCACCGUGCCCUUCGCGCCCGGCCGCACCGACGCUACACAGGAGCAGACCGACGUCAAGUCUGUCAACCACCUUCAGCCUUUCGCUGAUGGUUUCCGUAACUACGGCUCUUCUACAGACCGCGUCAAGCUUGAGCACCAGCUCAUUGACCGCGCUCAACUCCUCACCCUCAGCGUCCCUGAGCUCACCGCUCUCAUCGGUGGUCUCCGUGCCCUCAACACCAACUAUGACGGCUCAUCGCAUGGUAUCUUCACCAACCGUCCUGGUGUUCUGACCAACGACUUCUUCGUCAACCUGCUCGACAUGAGCACUGAGUGGAAGGCCGUUGGAAACGGUGAUAUCUUCGAGGGUACUGAUCGCAAGACUGGUGCCAAGAAGUGGACCGGUACCCGUGUCGAUCUUGUCUUUGGUUCACAUGCUGAGCUCCGCGCUACAGCUGAGACAUAUGCUGAGGCUGGUGGACAGGAGAAGCUUGUCAAGGACUUUGUUGCUGCUUGGACCAAGGUGAUGAACCUGGACCGAUUUGAUCUUGCGAACGGUUCUUCACCCAAGGCCUCUCCUCGACUGUAAUUAAUGAGCAAUGUAUCAAAAUACCAUUGAGAAUGAAUGAUUACGAAUUUAUUAGUUAAUUGUAUCUGUCCUCUAUCCCCCCCCGCUGAUGCACUUUGUGAUUGUAUGUAUCGAUCAAUUGAUCUUGGCUUUAUUCAACGUCCUGACAACGUUCGUGAUGGCGGGGUAGCGACGAGCCUCGGCCCGGACGUCGAUCGGAGCUUACGAUACCAUGGCUCCGAUAGGCCUUCACAAUUCUUGCGCCAAAUGGCACCAUUUGCGCGACAUUUACAGUCUAAAUUUAUCCUAUAGGAAGUUGACCGUAUGCUUGAACGGUCUCACUAUUAAUGUAUUGUUUUACUGUUUUGUGGUGCAUUUGCUGAUGCCCUGUUCUAGCAGAAGUUGUCCUCGGAUCUGAUACCGCGCGCCGGCCCCACUGCCGGGUGACCCCCGAGCAUUCCGAUCAUGUGAAGCGUCGUUCCGAUGAGGCUGAACUCAAAGUCACAGAUGAAUGACCAACAUGGCAAUCAAAGCCAUAAGGCUGUAUAUCCGCACAAAGCGCUCGACGGAUUAUAAUGCCGAAGGAUUUGCAUGCAUCAGCAACCUUAGCAAAUAGUAGAUUUAGUGGUCUCUGUCCUCUACUUCUCCUACUUCUUCUGCUGGUGCGAGGUACACGCCUUGACAAGAUAUAUACAUCCAGUCGAAUUUGUGUUCUCGUGUUUCAGUCUUGAUUCCAAGGUCCGACCUAACCUUGCGAUCAGAACUGGAAUCAUCGACGAGGGCAAAACAAGGCGCCUCAUCCGAAUCAUGACAUAAAGCUAUCACAACAUUCCUUCCGACCAUACAGUGCCC